AUGGCUACGGCGCAUCAAUUAUAUCACGUAGAUACGGGUAAAGAUUUCAAACAUGAGAAUGAAUGGCGGUUGGUGAAGGAUGAACCAAAGUGGAAGGGAACAUUUAUGACAACCAGUUCAACGAGGCAGAAGAAGUCAGGAGAUGGGGCGUAUGCAACAUCGUCUGACCCGAGUGCAUCAAUCGAGGGCGACGAAUAUGAGGCCACACAACCAGCAACCCGCCCGUUGGGAAAAAAGAACCAGAAAAGGAAAGCCAAAGUAGGUGACACAGCUUCAAGUGAUCUCGGUUAUGUUCCUAACUCCGAGAUGAUAGCCAUCGGGAAAGCUAAACUGGGAUUCCUGGCGAGUUUUGAGAAGCUCAAGACCGAAGAACUGGAGGUGAGAAAGGAAAAAAACAAACUUCAUAAGGCGCGAUUAUUGAAGGAAUACAAAAAUAUCCUUAUGGAGGACACAUCUGAAAUGAACGAGGUGCAGUUAGCAACGCAUCAGCGCCUAGUUGAAUUCGCCAUGAAUGAACUAGGAAUGUCUUAA